AUGCCUUCGGUCGUCAAAUCCAUGACAGCCAUCGUCGCCAGACCGCAGCAGAUUCAACCAGCAACCAUGGCGUCCGAUGGCAAUUUCGAGAAGUACACCCGCCAGCUGACCCUUGUCGAAGACUUCAUCGCGUCUCUCCGCCAGAAGGGCCUGCACCAAACAUUCAAGACCGUCGACUUCAAGCAUCUGACCGAGACUAACCGUCUCCCCGGCAAGAAUCACGCUCGCGUGGUGGUCAGGGCUCCCAUGGGAACACGCCACGUAUUCAAGGGAUUUGACCUAGAAGCCUUCAACAAGCAUGAGCAUUCAUUCUACGAACACCAGCGAGACACCAUGCUGCACGAGAUCCAAACCCUCGCCGCCUUGCCGCUGCAUCCCAACAUUAUGCCCUGCCCCGAGACCCUGGUGACUGUCCUGGACCCUGACGGUGGCGAGCGGGUCUGUGGGUUUCUGCAGCCAGUCAUGGAACGGGAAACAUUGGACGACCAGAUCACCAACGCUGGUGACGUCCGCAUUCCCCUCUUGCGCAAGGCAAAAUGGUGCUUCCAGAUGGCUCGCGCUGUGCUUCACACCCACCGCAUCGCCAGGACGUAUCACAUGGAUGUCAAGCCUGGCAACAUCCUCAUUGACCAAGAAGACGGCAUUCGCCUCAUUGAUUGGGAGCAAAGUGGUGUCUCCAUGUUCACCCACUCCAAGGAAGCCACGAUUGACCAAGAAGCAUGGGAAGAACCUCCCUCUCCCCACGACGACUCAGCUCAGCCCGCCAAACCCAGGAUCGUAUACAAGCCCCACGCUGGGGCACCGAGAAAGAACUUGCAUUGGGGCUAUCCCGACUGGAACGUCUUUCCCAUCUGGAAGAAAACGUGCCCUCGUGCAGCCGAGCUGGCUGAGGUGUUUAGUCUCGGUCGUGUCAUGUGGAUGCUGAUGGAGCAGCUCGAACAGUCACCCAACCCGACCGUCUGGACCGCCAGGUCGGCCGAUGUGCCCCAGAAUUGGAAGGACAUCAUAAAUCAGUGCAUGGAAUUGGACCCGAACGCUCGGCCUGACUUGGAUGAGCUUGUUGACUUUUGGAGUGCAGAAGUUGAGAGACUUUCCGGCGCAAAGGGUGCCAGCAACGGCACGAACAACAGCACAGCGAUCAGCACGAGUAACAGCAUGAACAGUGGCGCAGGCAAUGGAGUCAGCAAAAGCAUCAACAACAGCAUCAGCACAGGCGCUCGGAACGGCACCGGCAACGGCACAAUCCACAACGGAAGCAACGGCGCAGGAAACAACACGUCUUCGCACGUGUGA